UGGAAUUUUAAAAUAACUGCCCAGGAAGCGCAUAAGCAGGUGUUUCUUCUUGUGCAGCUGUAAAAGUCAUCCAAGAACCACCCCAGGAAAAGAGGACCAGAAGUUCUUCCUGCAGCAGAAGAUCAGCCUCUACAAAACAGCAAAUACCAGCACCUCAGUUCAGAGCUCACCUCAACGCAGAAUUUGAGCCAAGAUUUAAUCAUCAUGGCUACCACAACAUCCUGCGGCGGUAUCCCAUCCAAGCUUAGUGGGAUCCGUUUUUUUUAAGAUGGAGGUGUGAACCAAAAUACCCCCGGGCUCUGUGAGGACUGUGAGCUGCAUCAGAUCACCUGGCCUCCACAAUCACAUGACCUAAACCCAGCUCGACAAAAUGAGUGAUGCAGACAUGGAAAUAUUUGGGGUGGCGGCCCCAUACCUCCGCAAAUCCGAGCGGGAGAGGAUUGCAGCCCAGAAUGUCCCAUUUGACGCCAAAACUGCCGUCUUUGUGCCCGACCCGAAGCAGGAGUACGUCAAAGGAAAAAUCAAGAGCCAGGAUGACACGAAGGUCACUGUGGAGACUGAUGGUGGAAGGGUUGUCACAGUGCAUGUGGAUGACAUUCGGCCCAUGAACCCCCCUAAGUUUGACAAGAUAGAGGACAUGGCUCUGCUGACGCAUCUCCACGAACCAGCCGUGCUUUUUAACCUCAAGGAACGCUAUGCUGCCUGGAUGAUUUACACCUAUUCUGGGCUCUUCUGCGUGACCUUGAACCCUUACAAGUGGCUGCCGGUCUACAACCCAGAGGUGGUGGCCGGCUACAGAGGAAAGAAACGUCAGGAGGCCCCCCCACACAUCUUCUCCAUCUCUGACAACGCUUACCAGUACAUGCUCACAGAUCGAGAGAACCAGUCUAUCCUGAUCACUGGAGAAUCUGGUGCUGGGAAAACAGUCAACACAAAGCGAGUAAUCCAGUACUUUGCAACAAUUACAUCACUAGGAGACUCGAGCAAGAAGGAACAGCUUGACAGUAAAGUGCAGGGGACGCUGGAGGAUCAAAUCAUCCAGGCCAACCCUUUGCUGGAAGCUUUUGGGAAUGCCAAGACCGUGAGGAAUGACAACUCGUCUCGAUUUGGAAAAUUCAUCCGGAUCCACUUUGGAACAAAGGGGAAGUUGGCAUCAGCUGAUAUUGAAACUUACCUUUUGGAGAAAUCCAGAGUGACUUUCCAGCUGCUGGCAGAGAGGAGUUAUCACAUCUUCUAUCAGAUCUUGUCAAACAGGAAGCCCGAUUUAAUCGAGAUGCUGCUGAUAACCACCAAUCCUUAUGAUUACCCUUUUAUCAGCCAAGGGGAAAUCACUGUGCUGAGCAUCAAUGAUGCAGAGGAGCUCAUGGCCACAGAUAGAGCCAUUGACAUCCUGGGGUUCAGCACAGAGGAAAAGGUCGGCAUCUACAAGCUGACGGGUGGCGUCAUGCACAACGGGAACAUGAGGUUCAAGCAGAAGCAGCGGGAGGAGCAGGCAGAGCCCGACGGCACUGAGGUGGCAGACAAAGUUGCCUAUCUGAUGGGUCUAAACUCUGCUGAUUUGCUGAAAGCUCUGUGCUGCCCUCGAGUGAAGGUUGGGAAUGAGUAUGUCACCAAAGGUCAGACUCCACAGCAGGUGAACAAUGCCGUGGGCGCCCUGUCGAAGGCCGUGUAUGAGAAACUGUUCCUCUGGAUGGUCACAAGGAUCAACCAGCAGCUCGACACCAAACUUCCCAGACAGCACUUCAUUGGUGUCCUGGAUAUCGCAGGGUUUGAAAUUUUUGAGAUAAACAGCCUGGAGCAGCUGUGCAUCAACUUUACCAACGAGAAGCUGCAACAGUUUUUCAACCACCACAUGUUCGUGCUGGAGCAGGAGGAAUACAAAAAGGAAGGGAUUGCAUGGGAGUUCAUUGACUUUGGCAUGGACUUGGCAGCCUGCAUUGAGCUCAUCGAGAAGCCGAUGGGUAUUUUUUCUAUUCUGGAAGAGGAGUGCAUGUUCCCAAAGGCGACAGACGGCUCCUUCAAAAACAAGCUGUACGACCAGCACUUGGGGAAGAACAGCAUCUUUCAGAAGCCCAAACCAUCCAAAGGAAAGACAGAGGCCCACUUCUCCCUCAUGCACUACGCCGGGACCGUCGACUACAACAUCAGCGGCUGGCUGGAAAAAAACAAGGACCCACUGAAUGACACCGUGGUGCAGCUUUACCAAAAAGCUUCCCUUAAACUGCUCUGUCAGCUCUUCGCCACAUAUGCAUCUGCUGACGCUGCCGCUGAUGGAAGCAAGAAAAAUUAUAAGAAAAAAGGAUCGUCCUUCCAGACAGUUUCUGCACUUUUUAGGGAGAACCUGAACAAACUAAUGGCCAACCUGAGGUCAACACAUCCACACUUUGUCAGAUGCAUCAUCCCAAAUGAGACCAAGACACCAGGAAUCAUGCACCACCAUCUGGUCCUUCACCAGCUGCGAUGUAACGGCGUGCUGGAAGGUAUUCGGAUCUGCAGGAAGGGAUUUCCCAGCAGGAUUCUGUAUGGAGAUUUUAGGCAAAGAUACAGGAUUCUGAAUGCCAGUGCGAUCCCUGAGGGGCAGUUUAUUGACAGCAAAAAGGCCUCAGAGAAACUGUUGUCCUCCAUCGACAUGGACCACACCCAGUAUAGAUUUGGAUACACAAAGGUGUUUUUUAAAGCUGGCCUUUUGGGUCUUCUGGAGGAGAUGCGAGAUGAGCGCCUAGCUGUGCUGAUGACUCGAAUCCAGGCUGUGUCCAGAGGCUACGUCACCAGGCUGAGGUUGAAGGAGAUGAUGAAUAAAAGAGAGGCCGUUUUUAUCAUCCAGUACAACAUUCGUUCAUUCAUGAAUGUGAAGAACUGGCCUUGGAUGAAGCUCUUCUUCAAGAUAAAACCUCUGCUACGAAGUGCAGAGGCUGAGAAGGAGAUGCAGACCAUGAAAGAGGAGUUCGCUCGACUCAAAGAGGAGUUGGCAAAGUCGGAGGCCAGGAGGAAGGAGCUGGAGGAGAAGAUGGUUGUGCUCAUCCAGGAGAAAAACGACCUUUACCUUCAAAUCCACGCAGAGCGGGAGAACCUGUGCGAUGCAGCGGAGAGGUGUGAAGGGUUGAUAAAGAGCAAGAUCCACCUGGAGGCCAAAGCCAAAGAAUUCUCCGAGAGGUUGGAGGAAGAGGAGGAGAUGAAUGCCGAAAUCACCGCCAAGAAGAGGAAGCUGGAGGACGAAUGCUCGGAGCUCAAACGGGACAUCGAUGACCUGGAACUUACCAUUGUCAAAGUGGAGAAGGAGAAAUAUACAGCAGAAAAUAAGGUGAAGAAUUUGGUAGAGGAGUUAGCCACUCUUGAAGAAAACCUGUUAAAGUCCUCAAAGGAGAUGAAAGCUUUGCAGGAGGUGCACCAGCAGACUUUAGAUGACCUCCAGGCCGAGGAGGACAAAGUAAAUUCUCUGAUGAAGACAAAGAUUAAGUUGGAGCAGCAGGUUGAUGAUUUGGAGGGCCUGGUGGAGCAGGAGAAGAAGCUGCGUGCCGACUUGGAUAGAUCCAGAAGGAAACUGGAGGGAGAUCUGAAGCUGUCCCAGGAAGCCAUCAUGGAUCUGGAGAAUGAGAGGCAGCAGGCGGAGGAAAGACUGAAGAAAAAGGACUUUGAAAUCAGCAGCCUGCAGAGCAAAAUUGAUGAUGAGCAGGCCCUUAGCACUCAGCUUCAAAAGAAGAUCAAAGAGUUUCAGGCUCGCGCUGAAGAAUUGGAGGAAGAAAUCGAAGCUGAGCGCGCAGCUCGAGCCAAAGUGGAGAAGCAGAGGUCUGACCUGUCCAGAGAGCUGGAGGAGAUCACCGAGAGGCUGGAGGAGGCCGGAGGAGCCACCGCCGCUCAGGCUGAGCUCAGCAAGAAGCGCGAGGCUGAGAUUCAGAGGCUGCGCCAUGAGCUGGAAGAGUCCACCCUGCAACACGAAUCCAUCGCUGCAACUUUACGCAAGAAGCAGGCGGACAGCAUCGCCGAACUCAGCGAUCAGAUGGAAAACCUUCAAAGAGUCAAGCAGAAACUGGAGAAAGACAAGAGUGAGUUGAAGAUGGAAAUCGAUGACAUGGCAAGAAGCAUGGAGAGCGUUCUGAAAAGCAAGGCUGCUGUGGAGAAACAGUGCGGGAGCCUUGAGGAUCAAAUGAAUGAAUACAAGACCAAAGCAGACGAAGCCCAGAGCUCUCUUAGUGAUUACGCUACCCUGAGCGCUCAUCUGCAAACACGAAAUGGUGAACUUAGCCGUCUGCUGGAAGAAAAAGAGUCCAUUCUGUCCCAGGUGAACAGAGGGAAGACUGUGGCCUGUCAGAAAAUCGAAGAGAUGAAGAGACUUUUGGACGAGGAAAUGAAGACUAAAAACUCUUUGGCUCACAGUUUGCAGUCAUCUCGUCAUGACUGCGAGCUGUUAAGAGAGCAGUGCGAAGAGGAGCAAGAGGCCAAAGCUGAACUGCAGCGCUUCCUGUCCAAGGUGAACAGUGACGUGGCUCAGUGGAGAACCAAAUACGAGACAGAUGCCAUCCAGCGCACCGAUGAGCUCGAGGAGGCAAAGAAGAAGCUGGUCCAGAGGCUGCAGGAGUCGGAGGAGAUGACAGAGGCAGCGAAUGUCAAGUGUGCAUCGCUGGAGAAGACCAAGCAGAGGCUGCAGGCGGAGGUCGAGGAUCUCAUGGUUGAGCUGGAAAGGUUGAAUAAGAGCUGCUGGACUUUGAGCGCUCACUUGGAGAGGAUGAAGAAGAACCUGGAGGCCACAGUGAAAGACCUGCAGCAGCGCCUGGAUGAGGCCGAGCAGGUGGCUCUGAAAGGAGGAAAAAAGGAGCUUCAGAAGCUGGAAGCCAGGCACCACCUGAACAGAUAG